AUGGAGACCGUCUCGGCGGAGAGCCACACUCUCGACCACCGCCUGCUCGACGCGAUUCACGGCAGCGAGGGUGGCUAUAACGUGGACGACGCGGCUUCGUUCAAGCUCCGCGGAGCAGGUCGCGCAAGCUCCGCGGAUGGGGGAGAGCGGCGGGCGUCGCGGAAUGGGGACGUCUCGAGCCUCAUUGAGAUCUACUCUCACCUAUUCCCUCCCGUAUCUCCUGAAUUUCUCUCUCUAGCAGCCAUGGCUAGGAAGCGCAAGACAACAGCUGACGCUGCUACCGACGUCCCGCGGGACCUCAAUGAGAUCCCGUACAUCACAUGGAUCAACAAGCAGAUUGCGGCGGGGCGCAAGCCCGGCGGCCCGCUGCCUGAAGGAUUACCGUCUCCUGGAGCCACCUCGUUCGAAGCGCCGCGUGACGUGCCCACGCGCGGGCGUCGUGACUCAGACAUGACCCGCAACCAGAUGCCUGUGAAGCGCAGCGUCUGGUCCCCGCUGGAGAGCACCAUCUCUGUCGCGGCCCGCUGGUUCAUAAAGGACGAAAUCGAGUCCCUGCUCGGGAAGCAGGGCUCCCAGUAUUGGGCGCGCCUUGUUCAUCACAUGGAGAAGGAGAACCCGGGGUGGGUUCGUGGCGUCAACGCUGUCCAGAAACAGUGGCGCAACCUCGUCCAGUUCUACAAGCAGCUCAAGAAGGCAGAAAAGGCGUCGGGCAAGGGCACCGUUUGCAAGCCCCCGUGGUUCCCGUACAUGGAGCUGUACCUGAACAAUAGGGCUGUCGCCAACCCACAUGCCGUGGCAGCUGGCGGCGCGACGAACGUCAACGCGCCGUGCGGCUUUACGGUGCCUUCUACGUCGGCGCCUACCACGUCUACACCGACCUUCACGGCCCCUCCUCCGCAAUGCACCCCGCCUUCCAAGCGCCCGCGCGCAUCGGAGACGGCCACCAUGGCGGCCGCGAAGCUCAUCUGUGAGACGAUCAAGGGCUGCCACGAUGACGCGAUGUGCAAGCUCGAAGGACUUGUCCGCGUCUGGAUGCAGCAGGACGAGCGAAUUGCACGCGAACGCCUCCAGCAGUCUGCGCCCGCUCCGCCUGCUCGCAACGGCGUGGCCGCGGACGCUCCCUCCCAGACGACCCCGGCCGCCACCGAUGGCGGCGACGACGGAUGGUUCCGUCGCGGGCAGACGGGCGACACUCAGGCUAACCCGGAUGAGGCUGAGGAAGUGUGGGUUCGCGGCGACGCCGAGUAA